UAUAAAGGGCGAGAGUAAGCGAUGCAGAAGUAAAAUAAGCUACUUUCCUCACAUAGUUUUCUUUAGUAAGAAGAAAAGGCAAGUGAACCAGAUAUUCGAUGGCGCCUGAACCAGAAGACGACUUCAAGGACGAGAAGAACCCUAGGCCUCUCGAUGAGGAUGAUAUCGCUCUCCUCAAGACCUAUGGUUUAGGACCUUACUCGACACUUAUCAAGAAAGCAGAAAAGGAGAUAAAAGAUAUGGCUAAGAAGGUCAAUGAUUUAUGUGGGAUUAAAGAAUCUGAUACUGGCUUAGCUGCACCUAGCCAGUGGGAUCUUGUUUCUGAUAAGCAAAUGAUGCAGGAGGAGCAACCCCUUCAGGUGGCAAGAUGUACAAAGAUAAUUAAUCCGAACACCGAAGACGCAAAAUAUGUCAUAAAUGUUAAGCAAAUUGCAAAGUUUGUUGUUGGUCUUGGUGACAAAGUCUCCCCAACUGAUAUAGAAGAAGGCAUGCGUGUUGGAGUUGAUCGAAACAAAUAUCAGAUUCAGAUUCCCUUGCCGCCAAAAAUUGAUCCCAGUGUGACCAUGAUGACUGUUGAAGAGAAGCCAGAUGUGACUUACAAUGAUGUUGGUGGAUGUAAGGAGCAAAUUGAAAAAAUGAGAGAAGUUGUUGAACUCCCUAUGCUUCAUCCAGAGAAAUUUGUGAAGCUUGGAAUUGAUCCUCCUAAAGGUGUUCUCUGUUAUGGUCCACCAGGGACGGGUAAAACACUUCUAGCUAGAGCUGUGGCUAAUAGAACUGAUGCUUGUUUCAUUCGUGUCAUUGGGAGUGAACUAGUUCAGAAGUACGUCGGAGAAGGAGCUCGAAUGGUUCGUGAGUUAUUUCAGAUGGCACGUUCAAAGAAGGCAUGCAUUGUUUUCUUUGAUGAAGUUGAUGCCAUUGGAGGUGCACGUUUUGAUGAUGGUGUGGGUGGAGACAAUGAGGUUCAACGUACUAUGCUUGAGAUUGUGAAUCAGCUUGAUGGAUUUGAUGCUCGUGGAAACAUCAAAGUUCUUAUGGCAACAAACAGGCCUGAUACACUAGAUCCAGCGUUGCUUCGUCCUGGACGAUUGGAUAGAAAAGUUGAGUUUGGUCUCCCCGAUCUGGAGAGCAGAACACAAAUAUUCAAAAUCCAUACAAGAACAAUGAACUGUGAAAGAGAUAUCCGAUUUGAACUUCUGGCUCGGCUCUGCCCAAAUUCUACUGGAGCCGAUAUUAGGAGUGUUUGCACGGAAGCUGGAAUGUAUGCCAUUCGAGCACGAAGGAAGACAGUAACAGAGAAAGACUUCCUUGAUGCUGUGAACAAAGUCAUUAAGGGAUAUCAAAAGUUCAGCGCCACACCUAAGUACAUGGUCUACAACUAAGUUAGCAUCUGGUUGAUAUGGGGGGCACAUGGUCGUUUGGAGGCUUUAUAUGCAUUUCUUUGAAAUUUUUAUUUGCUUUUUUUGUUGUACAUUUUUCUUAAUGCGCCAGGAUUAUCUUUAUAUAUUUUAUUUUUACGCUCA